CAGGAUGCGUUUCACUGGGUCCUGAAAGCUCCGCUGAUGAUGGCCAAAAACUGACCAGAGCAGCUGUCAUACAGAUGUUUUACCGGUUUCACGGAAGUCGUAAUUAUUACGGGUCGCAUUCAGUUUCGUCUCUAUCACUGGUUCAGUUGUCGGCGGGUUGGAUCUUUUGAUUUGAGGAGGAUCAUCUGAAUCGAGGAGCCGUCCUGGGCGUUGCUGUAAGGUUACGCGUGGACAAUAGUGCAGCAACACAACACAACACAACACACAGAUUGACACAAGCUUUGAUCUGCGUGUUUUAUGUGCAUGGCCCUUAGUGUGAGAGCACCAUGAGUGGGGAGCCAGAUGCCUUGGCUGUGGUGAAUCAGCUGAGGGACUUAGCUGCUGACCCCCUCAACAGACGAGCUAUUGUUGAAGAUCAAGGCUGCUUGCCGGGCCUCAUUCUCUUUCUUGACCACCCCAAUCCACAAGUAGUCUACUCUGCGCUAUUGGCGGUGCGCUACCUGGCAGAAUGCCGUGCCAACAGGGAGAAGAUGAAGGGCGAGCUAGGCAUGAUGCUGAGUCUGCAGAACGUCAUGCAGAAGAGCACGUCGCCAGGUGAAACGAAGCUGCUGGCCUCUGAGAUCUAUGAGAUCCUGCAGAACGCCAGCAGCCCAGAGGCUGAACAGGCAGAAGCUGCUGCCUCAUGCCGAAAAAAAGGCCAAUUCUUCCUGGGCGGCACGAACAAACGGGCCAAAACUGUGGUGCUUCAGAUCGAUGGGCUUGACGACUCGGCGAGGAGGAGUCUCUGUGAGGAGGCCCUGCUGAAGAUCAAAGGAGUCAUCAGCUUUACCUUCCAGAUGGCUGUGAAGAGAUGUGUGGUUAGGAUCCGUUCUGACUUGAAGGCAGAGGCCUUGGGAACUGCUAUAGCUUCUACCAAAGUCAUGAAAGCACAACAGGUAGUGAAGGGAGAAGAUGGAUCUGAGAUUGUAAUCCCAUUCCAAGAGGACUCGGAUGUGGUGGUCGAGCAGAACAUGAAUUUGCCAGAUUAUCUGCCCGAGGAUGAGAGCCCGUCUCAGGAGCAGCACAAGGCAGUGACGCGAUUGGGCUCCGUGCAAGACGGCGUGAGCUGGCUGAGCACAGCCGCUAACUUCCUGUCCCGAUCCUUUUACUGGUGACCCUGCAUGCCUCGACCCCUUACAGCCUGCCCUCGAAGCGCAAGACUGCCGAGCGCACCUCGCAAUAAACUUAUAACCAAGUUCCAAUUUAAAAACAGCACAACAGGCUGCCUUUAAACAGUACGCGAUACAAACUGCUCCGAAACUCACGUUAGCGCUGCAUACGCACCACACAAGACACUAAAACGAGACAGCAGUCGGGAGAAAUUCACAGAAAGCGUUUCAUGUGUAUCUGGCUCUUUUUUUUUUUUUUUUUUUUUUUUUUUUUGGUCGGGUACUGUUUCCAAAUGAUUUGCCCCAGGUCUGUUGAGGCUAAACAACCUUCAGAGCUUCGUCACGAGCGGGACGGUUCGUGGUCGUGUGGGCCAUACCUUGAGGUUUUCUAAAUUUGUAUGAAUUUGGGUGCUUUCUGAUGUGUUCUAACCUUUCAUCUCAGCCUUUUUGUACAUUUUAAACAUCUUUAUUCUCAUAUUUGAUAAUCCUAAUAUUACGUUAUCCAUCAGCACGUUUUCAAAGUAUGCUGUAUUAUUUUGCUGCCUUUUUUAGCUUGUUGUGAUUUAUUAAUUUUAAAUCCUAAUUUUUUGUUUUUUCUGAAACCUUCUCAAGAUGUAAUCUAUGUUCCUAUCUGUAUUUUAUUUUUUUUCUUAUCUGUAUUUUAGGUUUAAAAUGUGUAGUGAUGGUUCAUUGUUACUCCUCUUUAAAGGGAUAUUUCACCCAAAAAUAAAAAUUCUGUCAUUUAUUCACCCUCAUGUUGCUCCUUACUCGUAUGAUUUUUCUGUCUGUUUUCUUUUUCUUUUUCCGAGGAACACAGAAGGAAAUGUUAGGCAGAAUGCCUCUGUCACAUUUCCCUUUCAUUGUAUGGACAAAGAUGGAAUUUAACUGAAUGGUGACUGAGGCUACCAGUCCCUAACAUUCUGCCUAAUAUCUCCUGUGUUUCAUGGAAGAAAGUCAUACAGGUUUGGAACAACAUGAGGGUGAGUAAUGAUUACAGAUUUUUAGUUUUUUGUGAACUGUCCCUUUAAACACCAGCAGUGGUUGCUGUGCAGUAAUAAUUAACAGUUAUGCCUCCAGAAAAGGGAAAGCACCUCAAAAUAGCUGUUACAAUGUGUGCAAUAUUAACCCGUCUUUGUUACAGCAUGUGCCAAGCACCAGAGUACCUUCUUUACAUUAGACAAGCAUGUUGUAAAAUAGAUCAGGUCCUUUAGCAAUUGAUGUUUGAAAGUCAUCUUUUUUUGUACCAUUCCUAAGCUUCAUCCAUAGUUUUCCUUUAUCAGCAAAGGCAUGCUGACUAUUUAUCAAAUGUUUUUAUUUUUAUUUUUUCUGUGUAUUCUUUACAUACAUGUGUCUGAAUGUUUUUUUUUCAGGGUUCAUACAUAUGUUCAUUUUAAGGAUGUGGUUCACCUGCUAGCCAAAUGCAUGAUCCUGUCAGCUCUGAUUAGACGUGCCUGUCACCUUUGCAUGACCACCACCAAUCAGCACCUUUAUGAACUGACCUCACAUAUCACGUUUGGGAAGUCUGCUCUGGGAUGUGUGUACUAUUUCCUGUAGCUGAUGUUCUUAUAUACUUCACAGUUUAACACUGUUUCUGGGUGUAAAGUUUUUUUCACCACUUGGUUGCAUUCAGUAUAGGGUGUUCCCAAAAGGAGUCCUGCAUACAUCCAUAUCAAAGAACAAGUCUGUACGAAAACUUAAGACCAAAACCUUAUGUUACAUUUUGUUAUCCCUAAAUUUAAAGGGAUAGAUCACCCAAAAAUGAAAAUUCUGUCAUCAAUUACACACCCUCAUGUUGUUCCAAACACGUAUGACUUACUUUCUUACGUAGAAUGCAAAAGGAGAUGUUAGACCGAAUGACAAUCCCAGUCACCACUUUCAUUGUAUGCAAACAAAUUUGCAUUGAAGUGUUCCAUCUUGUUUUACAUUCCACGGAAGUAAAAGUAAUACAAGUUUGGAACAAUAUGAGGGUGAGUAAUUGAUGACAGAAUUUUCAUUUUUGGGUGAUCCCUUUAAAUUUAGGGAUAACAAAAUGUAACAUAAGUUUUGGUCUUAAGUUUUCGUGCAGACUUGUUCUUUGAUGUAUGCAGGUCUCCUUUUGGGAACACCCUAUACUGAAUGCAACCAAGUGGUGAAAAAACUUUACAUUUUUGGUGAGUAAAUGAUGACAAUUUUAAAUUUUGGAUGAACUAUCCCUUUAACUCUUGUUUAAUUGAUUUGUCAUUCUUGUCAUCAGAUUUUCUCAUUAUGCUGUAAACCUUCAGUGGCAUUUGUAAGGCAUCGGUGUUUGCGUCCUUUUGUAUUUCUCUUUUGAAAUAAUUUGAACAUAUGUAAUCAGCAAGGCUUUAAAAGAGGCUGUAUGUUAUUUUUUUUUUCAUCACAUCAUGUUCACUUUAAUCUAAACUUAUGUGACCGUAUUAAUGUACAGAAUCGAAACAGUGGCUUGCUUUUAGUUGGAUCUAAUAUGAGAGAGGCCAUCAGUAUUAUAUUUAUGAACAAAAUCCAAAUUGCGUUACGUUUUAGUGUCUGAAUUUUAUUUUCAACCCUCUUGUACUGUACAUCAUCCUUCAUUGAAGCAUUUUAAGCUAUUCACUGUUACUCCAAGAAACAGAACCAAAACCCAUGGUAGAUUUAGUAGCUUCUCAUGUAGGCCUACAGUGCAUAUUUUCUGUUCAAUUAAAAAAAAAAAAAAAAAAGAAAGAAAAGUUUGUAGGACACAAAAUUCUUGGCUGUUCACAGGAAUUAUAUUGAUUAUUAAAUAGAUAAAAUAA